UAUUUUGGGAUGCUGUUGUAACAUGUUUCUUCCUGGAUACGGCACAUAACAUUGUUGAAUACAUUGAAAUAAUAUCAAAAAUUCUCAAAAGUGGAGGAGUCUGGAUAAAUUUGGGCCCUCUACUUUAUCACUUUGCAGACUCAUACUCACCUGAUGAUGAGAUGUCCAUUGAACUCAGUUUGGAAGAUGUGAAGAAAGUUGCUUUCCACUAUGGAUUUGAAUUGGAGAUGGAGAAAAUCAUUGAGACGACUUACACUGCAAAUCCUCGGUCAAUGAUGCAAGUAAGAACAGUGAAAGUCAGCAACAUUUCCCUGGCUGCAUCAGAAAGGGACAUCAAGGAAUUCUUUUCCUUCUCAGGGAACAUUCAAUAUAUUGAAUUGUGGAGGUCAUUGUCCUUCUAA